AUGACCCUACGACCCACAGUACUGCCAGCCGAGAUCCUGAGCGGCAUCGUCGAUUACCUUCCUGUUCCGGAUCUGGCAGCUGUUGCUCAAGUGAACAAGCAACUGCGGGAAAUGGUCUAUGAUGAUACUCGGUGGGGGGCCAGACUGCGACAAAUGGAGGUUUGGGAUGAGAAGGAAGCAAAGCGGAAAACCUUGGAUGCGCUGGAGCAGACGGAGAUCGCUAGGAAACGAAUUGAGGCAGAAAGACAGCUGGGAAGGAAGACAGGCAGUGUUACCUUAUUUGAUGCGACGAUUGCCGUGACAGACGACAAAGAACGUGAACUCGAUGUUGCAGGUCCUGCUGCACCAAAGCCAACAAUGAUCGACCCGUCUUCCUACCUUAGGGUAUUUGAGGGCGUUAGAUCUGUGCGAGGCUAUGCCCGAGUGGAGUUUGCUAGGAUCUACGAAGCGUUGGCACCUUUGUACAAUGACCUCGCGAACGCGAGUGAUCAUACCGAGCCUCUGGUGUUUCGCAUGUUUCGGACACCAGAAGAACAGGCUAUGAUGAUAAACAUUCUUCAGAAAUUCGGAAGGUCGAGAUCUGUCCGUGAUUGGAGUAAGAAGGAGACAAAGAUCGCAGCUAUGAUCGACUUGUUCGAGAGUGCAGCACUUCAAGAAUUCGAGGGAGGUUAUGACGCUCGGGAUGUCGACGGACGAAUGCAACGAUACGCAAACGUGUUAACAGAGCUGAACGGAGGCGCAUCUUGUGUGCAGUUGUUCAUUCAGAAGAAUCCACUAAUGUACGAGAUACCUGAGACCCCAGCAGACUGCUUUAUGGGGGAAUUACUCAACCUGGAACCAAUGUCAUUGUUUAUCACGCGGCUCAUCAACGAGCUCAACGUCCAAUCAGACGUCGUGAACAGAACAUUCCCAGAGUCUCUUAAUGUCAUGCUUACGUUUGCUGAGCGGGUAAUCCAAGAUGUGGUCGCUGACUAUACUGCAAGGUUGAUUGAAGAAGCGCACCAGAAGGAUACAGAAACAUUCUUGAAGGCUGUGUGUGGCAGUUUCCAACAGUGUUUACGGAUUCCUGCAUCUCUUACGGAAACCAAGGGCUCAAAAGGCACGCUGAAGGAGGAUACUGAAAAAGCAAUCAAGACAAUGUUUGAAGUGCACGUUGAUUUGUAUCUCGUCGAGGAGUUGAACUUUGUACGGAGCAAAUGCGAAGCUGAAGUGGAAUCGUGGGAGAGGAAGGUGGCGGAGGAUGCAGAAGCACAUGAGUCUAUGCUACUGAGUGGUGUCAGCAGAGCAGAAGACAAGAAGAACUUCUUGACGUCUUUCAAGAAGGUUCUCCUGAUGCCUGUGUCAGUGAUUCCGUUUCCGAGUACAACAGCCAAGGUAACGCCUACGACUACUGCUCGACCGUCUGAUGAGUUGUCGCCAGCAGCCCAGACGGCUCAGGCUAGUGCUGCUAUUUCGCGGACGGGCACACCAACCCCAGCAACAUUGCCUACGACAGAGCUUGCUGCCCAAUCUGCUAUUCUAAGUGCUCGUUUGGAAGGUAUCCGUGGACUCUUCAGUUUGGAAGUAGCAUUGCAGCUCCUUCAUCUCUGUAAAUCAAGUCUCGAACGAGCCGAGCCCUUCCUGAGCAUGGGUGGUCAAUUGUCAGAAGAAGUGAGGGAACAGUGUGAGGCAAUCUUUGUCACCCUUAUUCAACACCUUGGCAAGAGACACAUUAAGAACGGAUUUGACCAGGCUGUUGAGCAUUUGUCUCGAUACCAGCCUAGUCAAGGAUCUGACGUCGGGACGUCCGUCGAACCUCUAGUUAUCUUCUUGGAACUGGUUCACGUCGGUGAUCUUAUCCAACAGAUGGUGGAUGUCUUCUUCGAGCAGGAGAUGGCCCGCUUGGUGGAUCGCAAUGACUUCCUGAAUCCGGCCGUAAAGGAGAAGAAGAGGUUCGAGCAGCUUAUCGAUGAACGUGUGGCAGCUGGGUUGAACAAGGGUAUCGACGUCUUGAUGAAUCAAGUGGAAUAUAUCCUGCAUGAGCGUCAGUCGCGGAGAGACUACAACCCCUUGCCAGCCUCCGUGACGGGCGAACGAGACCCGGGUCUUGGACCAACACGUGCGGCUACAGAAGCAGUUGAGUGUCUCACAACCCAUACCAAGCUGCUGGUCGGUUCAACAGAUAAAAGCGUGCUUGAUGUGUUCUUCCAAGAGGUCGGUGUCCGCUUGUUCGGUUCGCUUUGCAAGCAUUUGAAGAAGCAAACCGUAAAUGUCGAAGGAGGCAUUAAGCUAAUCAGCGACCUAAACCAUUACCAUGCAUUUGCAACAUCACUACGACAAAAGGUGAUCAUGCCCUAUUUUACAGCACUGAAGGAGUUGGGACACGUCUUCAUCAUCGGGAUUUCGGAUGCGAAAGCCAUAGGCGCGCUUUGUUCCGAUGUGGCAAGGUAUGGAGGCGUAUUCCGUGCCGAGGAAGUUUAUGAGUUUGUCCAGUGUCGGGCGGACUGGCUGAAGGUGAAGCGUGAUGUGGACAAGAUCUUGUUUGGAGCGAUGAAUGAUUGCUGCGUGCAGUGA